GUUGCCACAGAGGCUGUCGCAGUUCUCACAGCAACAUAUCCAGUGGGUCAUAUGCCAUAUGGAUGGCUCACUGAACUCAGAGCUGUUUACCCUGCUUUUGACAAGAAUAACCCAAGCAACAAGUUGGCCAACAGUGGUACAGUUGUGACAAAGUCCGACAUCAAGCGCUUCACUUUUGUUUGUUUGGCUCUUUCUAUAACGCUCUGUUUUGUGGUGUUCUGGGCACCACACAUUUCUGAGAGGAUCCUGGUGGACAUCAUUGGUGUAGAUCAUGCCUUUGCUGAGCUGUGUGUCAUCCCAUUACGAAUUUUCUCCUUCUUUCCCAUUCCAGUGACGAUUCGUGCUCACCUGACUGGUUGGCUCAUGACCCUGAAGAAGACCUUUGUCCUGGCGCCCAGCUCUGUCCUCCGCAUCAUUGUCCUCAUUACCAGUCUCAUAGUGCUGCCUUACAUGGGGGUACAUGGAGCCACACUUGGUGUUGGAUCCCUGCUGGCUGGUUUCCUUGGGGAGUCUACUAUGGUUGCAAUCGCAGCAUGUUAUGUCUACCGAAAACAG